AUGGACUCCGAUGACGACGAUUUAUAUGGUCAGGACGAACCCAAAACAUCCAACGGCGUUGGGCAAGACGGCCAUCCAUCCGGUACAGUGAAGAUGGAGGAUCUUGAAGAAGGUGAGGAGGAAGGCGAGGAGGUCGAGGGGGAGGACAGCGACGACGAUGACAUCAAUUUUAUUACCGAUUCCAAGGAGGCUCCCAAAGCUGAAGUAGUACUCGAGACCAGACACCAACAUCCAAUAACGCUAUCGCCGCAUGACACUCGCAAAACGUCUGCUACACCUGUCUCUGCCAUCAAGCAUGAGCAGUCUGCAGACCGGAAAUCAACGCCUUCUGCCAACGAAAAACCAGGCACCGAUUAUCCCGCCAGACACACCUCCACCAUCGAUCUCGACGCAAACCCUGUUCAUCCUACUACUGGAAAGCCUAUCCUUUCCACCGACUUCGAUACCGACUUUCCUACCGAAUCGUCUAAACCAUGGCGCAAGCCGGGCUCCGACAUUACGGAUUACUUCAACUACGGGUUUGAUGAAUUCACUUGGGCAUCGUACUGUUAUAAGCGACAGCAAACGCCAAAGGAGAUCUCUGAAAUAAAAGCACAGGCCGACUUUAUGAAAUCCUUCGUGGAAGGAAUACCAGGGGGAGGAGCUCCCGGUAUAACAGCAGGGGCAGCUACGCAGGGAGCCAGUGCGGCAAUGCCAGGCAUGCCGGGUAUGCCAAGCGAGGCAGAGAUGCAGCAGAGAUUUAUGAGCAUGAUGGAGAGGGGAAUUGACCCAAGCUCUAUGAAUCUAGAACAAUUCAUGCAGCAAAUGAUGAUGGGUGGUGGUCAAGGCUUCGCUGGACAAGGUCAAGCAUUCGCCGGCAUGCCUGGUGGUGGUCAACAACAGCAGCCUCAGAUGGCCUUUGGCGGUGGAGCUGGAGGCGAGCCGCGCUACCGAACCAACAAAUCUCAUGUCCGCGCAUAUCACAAGUUGGUGGAAGUAUCCUAUCCUCCCGAGGAUCAUGAUGACCGCAAUGCGCUCUACGCGCUGCAGGUGGAUCUAGAGGUGUUCUGCGCCUGGCCAGCAAACAAGAGAAUGCGUCUGCUGGCAAUGGAGGAGAUGCAGAAGCUGAUCGACAAAUAUCCGGAUGGGUAUGAAGGCUGGGAAACGCAGCAAGCUGCCACGAAGAAAGAGCAAGAGAAGGUGGGAAGCUCAGCACUGCCAGCCUGA